AUGGGAGGAAAAGGUGGAAAAGGAGGAAAAGGCUUACUCCUCCCCUCUGUGAGCGAACAAAAUAUUUUGUUCGCUCAUGAGGGGUUAUUUUUUUUUUAAAACAUUUAUAGCUAUCAACGGAAAGUACUAUAUAUAUAAAUUUUAUAUUAAAUUUUUUUUUCAAAAUUAAAAAAUCCCAGUUCGAAAGCAAAUAUUAAUUUAAUUUGUAAAUUUUAUGUUUAAAAUGGGAGCUGCUAAAGAAUUAAACAGAAUUAGCUCGACAUUUCAUUUUAAUAAUUAUCACUUAUAUAUCAGAAUACAUUGUGGGUAAAUUUUUACCCAAAAAUUAGGGAUCUUUCCAAUGUUUUUGUUCGCACACAAGGGGGGAGUUAGGAAAAGUCGGAGCAAAGAAAAGACACAGAAGAGUUAUAAGAGAGAACAUCCAAGGGAUUACCAAACCUGCCAUCAGAAGAUUGGCAAGAAGAGGAGGUGUUAAAAGACUCUCUGGGUUGGUUUAUGACGAAACAAGAAAUGUACUUAAAGUAUUUUUGGAAAAUGUUGUAAGAGACGCCGUAACUUACACAGAACACGCAAGAAGAAAGACUGUUACUGCAUUAGAUGUAGUUUAUGCACUUAAGAGACAAGGAAGAACCUUAUACGGCUUUGGUGGUUAA